UUCUUCAUUCGCAAAGAGGAAAAAGCCAAAAAGGCCUUUCUCCAAAAUCCCUCUUUUUCCCUUCGUCUCAUUCUGAACUUCCAAGGGACUUGGUGAGUUACACAGCCACUGAUCCAUUUCAUCCCACUUUGGGGAUCCGGAGCCUGUCGGAGAAUCCAUACUCUGACGCUCCUUUCUAACCUUCGCUUCCUUCUUCUCCUCACUCGCCUCUUCACUUCCUUUUUUCUCCAACGAUCGCGAUGGCCACAUCCAUCAUCCAGGGUUUUACGAAGUCGCUUGCGAUGACUGUGCUCUCCGAGAUCGGGGAUAAAACAUUCUUCGCUGCUGCGAUCAUGGCAAUGCGGCAUCCAAGGAGACUUGUCUUGUCUGGUUGUCUGUCGGCUUUGAUUGUAAUGACCAUUCUUUCUGCUCUGGUUGGUUGGGCUGCACCAAAUCUGAUUUCACGUAAAUGGACUCAUCAUGUAACAACGCUAUUGUUCCUUGGUUUUGGACUGUGGUCUUUGUGGGAUGCAUUUAAUGAUGGAGGGGAGUCUGAAGAAUUGGCUGAAGUUGAAGCUAGAUUGGAUACUGAUCUGAAGGCUAACAAAAAAGGUUCCAAAGAUGGCAAUAAGGUUGAUGAUGAUGAUGUGAAGAAACAGAAUCGGUCAUUUCUCUUGCAGUUCUUGUCACCAAUAUAUUUAAAGGCAUUUUCCAUUACCUUUUUUGGUGAAUGGGGCGACAAGAGUCAGUUAGCGACGAUUGGCUUAGCUGCAGAUGAAGACCCACUAGGUGUCGUUCUUGGUGGAAUUUUGGGACAGGCAUUGUGUACAACUGCUGCAGUCCUUGGAGGAAGGAGCUUGGCAUCACAAAUAUCUGAGAAAAUAGUUGCUCUCUCAGGUGGGCUUUUAUUUAUUGUUUUCGGAAUCCAGUCCUUCCUCUCAACUGUUGAGCCAUAAUUUUUACAAGCUCAUUAUGGUAUAGAAGGGUGCUUGGCCGAAUUGUUGCCACACACCUGCCCUCCAAAUUGGCCAUCGAUGGACGAAUUUAAGACCCAAAUAAAGAGGCAAUUACAUGUUUUUACCAGAUACUGUAUCAGUGGUAGUAGUUUGCUGGACAUUGGUUGCAGUAGUUCUUAGUUCGUAUAGUGAAGAUAUUCGUAGAGCUGUUCUAGACGGUCUUAGGUAGGUAGCAACAUAUUAAGAGAAUAUAUCAAAUCCGAUUAGAAUAGUUCAAAAUAAAUAUAUUUCUUUUUAACAUAAUAUUUUUUUA